GAUAUAAGUUUCUUUGUAUCCAGUUUGAUUGUUAAUUUGACAUAUUUCCGGCGAUUGAUCCGGAAGGAAUUGAACUCCGGUGAUGCUCUGGGUACUCUGCGCACGCCCCAAGCCUUUGAUUUUUUCAUCGUUAUCCUUAUCCUACGCUAAUAGCUUGGUUAGUCGAUUGGUCGGAACUCCGACCAGUUUAGUUGGCUGUGGCGGGGUUCAGCCGCCGCCCCGCCUUCAUUCUAGUGCCUGUCAUAUCGGAAACACAACUGGCGGCGGCGGCGGCGCAGCUUCAAUCUGGCAUGCUAUCCUUCCUUCUGGAUACGGCGGAUGCCAUAGGCCAGUAACGACGCCGUUUCACAACGAGCAGAAGGGGGAAGGGUCGUGGAAUGUCGCAUGGGAUACUAGACCAGCUCGUUGGCUUCAUCAUUCUAACUCCGCUUGGUUUCUGUUUGGUGUCUGCGCCUGUUUGUCUGCUCCGUUAGAUAGCGUUUCUGCCGAUGGGAAUUCCGAGCCGACCGUUGCUUUCUCCAGUGAGAGUAGUGUACAAGUCUCCGAUGAAAAAGAAGACAUUUCUCCAAGUUAUAGAGUCAGAGGUGUUCCACCUGAUGGGCGAUGCUUAUUUAGGUCUAUUGCACAUUUAGCUUGUUUGAGAAAUGGAGAAGAAGCUCCUGAUGAGAAUCGUCAGAGAGAACUUGCUGAUGAGCUAAGAGCUCAAGUUGUGGAUGAGCUCUUAAGGAGGCGUAAAGAAUCUGAAUGGUUCAUAGAAGGAGACUUUGAUGCUUAUGUGAGAAGAAUUCGGCAGCCUUCAGUGUGGGGUGGAGAGCCUGAGUUGAUGAUGGCAUGUCAUGUUCUAAGGACAACAAUAUCUGUAUUUGCGAUUGGUAGAGUAUCUGGGAGUUUAGUAAAGAUAGCAGACUAUGGUGAAGAAUACAAAAGCGAUAAAGAGAAGCCUAUGACCCUUAUGUAUCAUUGGUAUGGUCAUUAUGAUGUACUGGAAGGAGAUGUAACCGACGAGUCUUAUGAAAACAAGACUUGAUGAUGCGGUAUGUUCUAUAAUCAGGGUUCUUUGUGAAACUAGACUAGAAACAGAAUUUCUAGCUUUAUAAAACUUGUGUCAAUUUUUACUUUUAGACAAAUGGAUUUGGUUUUCUUUUAGUUUGAAUUGAAUAAAUCUGGUUUGUUUGU